CGUGCCGUGCUGGCUGGAAGAGCAAGAGCCGAGUGUAGGAAAACAUCAGGGACGGGGGAUUCACCCAAAGAACCACCCAUUUUCCAUCUGUACCACCAUGGCGGACCCGGAGACACAAGCCAAGCCUGAAGAACAACCCAAGGCACCUGCUAAAGCGAAAGAAGUCCUUGCCACCAAGGUAACCGGCACUGUGAAAUGGUUCAAUGUGAAGAGUGGCUACGGCUUCAUCAACCGGCAUGACACCAAGGAGGACGUGUUUGUCCACCAGUCAGCCAUCACCAAGAACAAUCCCAGGAAGUACGUGCGUUCAGUGGGCGACGGGGAGGAGGUGGAGUUCGAUGUUGUGGUUGGCGAGAAGGGCAACGAGGCUGCCAAUGUCACUGGGCCUGGUGGAGAGGCUGUGAAGGGGUCGCCCUACGCAGCAGACCGACGCCGAGGCUACCGCCGACGCUACUAUCGUCGUGCAGCUCCUGGAGAGGAAGGGGAAGAGGUCGAGGGAGGGGGAGAAUUCACACCACAGGUGAGGGGCCGCGGCCGAGGAGGUGGAUUCCGUGGCCGUGUGCCUCGCAGGUUCUACCGUGGCCGCUUCUUUGGGCGUGGUCGUGGCCGCGGAGCUGGACGGGGCUAUGAUGCUGGCUAUGCUGACUAUGAGGGAGAGAUGAUGGAGGGAGAAGCUGUGCCCAUGAGAGGCCGUGGAAGGGGACGAGGCCGCAGCAGGGCAGAGGAGACGCACCCCACGUGGAUACUUCCGCGUUACUAUAGUGCUCCCCGACCACAGCAAGAAAUGAUGGGCGGCCCAGAGGAGGUCCCACGCCGCAGAUUCCGCCGUGGAGGCCGUGGCCGUGGCCGUGGCGGUCGCUUCAGCGGUACUAUGGAAAGCGAUCCUGAAGCAUCAGCAGAAGAGUGUAAAGAAGGAAAUGUUGAGUCUGAGGGAGAGCAACCAGAAGCUCGCACGGAAGCAGUGGGAGAGGGACAGCAGGCAGGUCAGAAGGCCAGGCCUGCAGCAGCACAGCCUCAGCAGCCAGUGGAGAACACAACUGCUGAAAGCUCUGCGUAACCCGUAACCCAACUCCCCUUAAGUCAAGCCACCAAAGUUAAGAAGUCUAGUUUUUAUGUUUGACACUGUCUUUUGGGUCCUUGUCUCAUAAUUCAGUGUCAGACUUAAAAACUGGCCUUAAAUGUAAGGUUGGGUGGGAUUGUUGCUGAGCCACGCCCCAAGCCCUAAACGCGCCUAGCAGGAGUCUCACCCACCCCCCGGGACCCAGCGGCACACAAACCACCAAGACGGAAGAAAGGGG